ACACACACAGGCGCACAGGACAGUCAACAGUACCUCUCGCUCGCUCUGUCUGCAUGAAUGUUGUGUUGGGCACUCUGGAGAAUGCUGCUGAUGUAAACACCUGAUCCUGGCUCCUCUGAUCUGGGUUGCGAAUGCUGAUCACUGUAUUUGCCUGUGCUGAAGCUCUGUGAAUGGUUUAUCAACAGGGGAGCGAUUGACUGAGGGAAGUUCCCCCAGCUUUCCUAGAGACUGAACAGGGAUUUCUCUGAGAAGAUGAGGGCAAAGUGGAGCACCGGUAGAACGACUGCUCCCCCCGAAUUCAGCUAGAAAGCACGGCUUGCUCCCUCGCCCAUAUACAUGACGGGAAGAUGACCAUCACAAGUCGACAGUCCUUCAACGUUCUGACAGUCAUUUUCCUUCUGCUGUCGACAGCAGCUCUCUCCGCUCAUUUCAGAGUCUGUGAGCCCUACACAGACCACAAAGGACGCUAUCAUUUCGGCUUCCACUGCCCACGCCUCUCUGACAACAAAACCUACAUCUUCUGCUGUCACCAUAACAACACAGCCUUCAAGUACUGCUGCAACGAGACCGAGUUCCAGAACAUCAUGCAGAUCAACCUAACAGGGACCAGCGACGGCUACGCGCACAAUAACUACAGCGCCCUGGUUGGAGUGUGGAUCUAUGGCUUUUUCAUCAUGGUGCUGCUUGCCUUGGACUUUCUCUACUACUCUGCUAUGAACUAUGAGCUGUGCAGGUACUACUUAGUGAAGUGGGGGUUCGGGGGCCGGUGGCUGAAGCAGGGGCAGAGCCAGUGGAGCAGCCCGGUCCAGGGGUCCAGCCAGCCCCCCUCACAGCCCCCUCAAGCCUCACAGGUGAGGCACAGCCUGAAGCCAGAAGCACAGAGCCCCACCCUCAUGUCCUUCCAGAGCUCCACAGCCUGAAAGACCAAGCACAGCAAUGAAAAUGGACAGCAAAAGCUGUUCUAGGAUGCCUGUGUGAGGAGUGGAAUGCAGUGUAGGAGAUUAGAAGAAGCUACAGCUUGUAGAUGCCGGUGGAGACGUCCAGUGGAUUACUGUGACUGCAGCAUCACGAGUACAACCUGUAAUCAAUGUGAAUGUGGUGUGUGAGCAAUAGAGUUUGUGUAGAUGAAAUACCUGUGUGCUGUUACCAUCAUGUGGUCUUAUCGAAUCUGUGCCCCAUCACAGACAAGACAAUCAGCGUUAGAGAGUAGAGGCUGCAAAUGCCUGUUCUGUGGAUAUUUAUAGAAGAAGCUGCUUCUGCAAUCAGGCCAUGAAACAAAAACACUAUCAGACAUCAUCAUCAAUAUUUCAUUUUAGAAUUGCACUCCUGCACACAAAUCCAUUUAGUUUAAUUUGUAUUUAUUUCUAGAUUAAUGUGAACUGGUCAGGAAAGCUGCACCUGGGACCAAUCUUGAGGAUGAAUCCCAGCAGCAGUAAUGGGUGUAAUGCAUCCCUCUGGUGUAGUUAGUUUAGGGCAGUGUAGCUCAGUCAUAUAGUUGCUUAUGAAAUGAAUUGAAAUGCGUUAACUACUGGAAUCACUGAUUAGAUAUACCGGUAGCUAAAACACAGUAAAACAUCUGGAGGUAGCAUAUUAACUUAACUUGUAUUUGCAAAGCAUAACCCUUCAUUUGUAACAUUAUGUGUACCCAAAUUAUGUAAUAGUGUGCAGAUUAUGCCAUAAUGCUCCAAACAGUAGUAAUUCUAACAUUGGACAGCAGUAUUGAGUGUUUGUGGAAUUAAAAUUCAGAUUUCAUUGAGAAACUAUAUUUUUUAGGUUGUUGUCUGAACCUUUUAAUGAUAUUACAACUAGCAAGCAAGAGUUGCUGUCAUUUCAAUCACUGAUUACAUUACCAAGCAGCUCUUUUAGUUGUCCUGUAUGUGGGCACCCAGGUCUUUGCCUGUCAGUCAGUCAACAUUAUGUAGGCUUCACAGCAGAUAGAUAUGAGCCACCUAAAACAUCCAGGUUAACAUGCAGUAUUUAUCCAUGACAUACUUUUUUAGUCAAAUCCUACGCCAAACGAAUGAUUUGAAAAUUGGAGUUGGGUAGAUAUAGACCCUAUACCGAGACUCCUGAUUAAACAUGUCAUUAUUUCCCCAGGGUUGUUAAAGAAACAUUACCAGAGUAGACAAUCAAGACGAGCCUUGCUUCGUAUUCCCAUGCAUUUGCAAACAUAAAGGCCUUUAGAGAAAGUCUUCAGACUCGGGUUUGAGGAGUGAUUGAGCUCAGCCUUGCAGGAGUAGUUACCGUGUUAGAGCAGACGCCAUUGUUAAUUACACUGCUAUUGCCGUGAAUCAAGAAAUGCAGCACCUGCGUUACUUUCCUCUUCUAUGGCGGUUUUCCAGAUGCAGUAAGUAAGCAAGUAUUAUUAAUAUGAAUUUAGUAAUGUGUCCUUCAUAACAUCAGCCUGACCUAUUCCUUAUGGCUGAUCAGCAAUGCUAUACACAAGGUAAGGGAAAAUGGAACUCGCAGUCUGUAUAGCAGCUGCUCUCAACUUUAGAUCUAUUCAGUGAGGCUUGCGUAUACAGCCUUCCUAUUUCAAGCGCUCCAACAUGCAAACUUUGUUUUUCUUACCAUUAAAUAAAAUGCAGAGCAGCAUCUGGGUACCAGGUGAACCCUGACUGGAGCCAGUGAAAGCAACCUCGUGAAGGGAGAUAUUUGGAAUUGUUUGCUCAAUCAGUAAAUGUAAUGCUGCAGCCUCCUCUGCGUUGAGUUAGCAAGGUUCAUGCAACUUGGAAAAGCUCUGUUGUAAAGGGAGAUGGAAACUUCUUUGAUACUUGUAAAAGGUUAUUUUCCAAAGAUGAAUUCAUUGUCUGAUUGUCUUGGAGUUACAAGCUCUACUCUGCUAGAGCAUGCUCCCGGGAGAGUCAAUGUAGCUCUGCAUCUCUCAGCAAGCUAGUGGUGUUUAAGAGGAAUGUGAUGAAGCAAACUGUUGUGUGCUCCCCCCUCUCUGCCCCUGUUUGUAAAACUGUUAUUAGUGAUGAUACAGUGGUUAUACUGACAACAUGCAAAUAGAGAAGAACCAAUGUAGAAAGGAACCCAGUGAACUCUUUUCUAUAUAGUAACAUAUAGUUCAUUUCCAAUGCACAGCUCCAAUCCAGUGCAGCACAGAUCUCUUUACAAUCCUACCUUGCACAAGAUGUCACAUUUGCCCCUGCUUGUUAGGAGGAGAAAUUACUAAAUAAAGAGUGGGGUGGUGCCUCGUACUGUAGUUGACUAUAGAGUUAUUGUCCUUGCGUCCAGUUUUGCACCAGAGGGCGUGGCAAUUGUACACCCAAGGGCAUAACAAAGCAGAGCAAGGUAUGAGGGCUGGCACAAACCGUUUCAGUGGGGUUGUCACUCGUCAUGUGCUGUUGGUCAGGUUUGCAAGGAGUUCCACAUUUUGGACCAUGAUGCUCGAAUGCUGUUGCUUUCUAAUGAGAGAAUGAUCUGAGCUCAGUUACAGCCAGGUAAAAGAUACUGGACCCUGACUGGUUGAGAUGCUUUCAGCAACAUGCAAGACAAAAGUUUUUCUCACUUGCUCAUUUACUGUUGGCAUUUAAGAUCAGGAAAUCUUUCAUGGUCUUUAGUUCUGAUCCCAGGCAGAGAAGGCAUCACCCUAAUUAAGAGCAAUUUCCAAUUAUUGGAGCUGUUCAUGCAUGCACAGGUGGGGGCUUUCAUCAUGGUGCAGUGCAGAGCUGGCUUAUUAGGUGGAAAAGAUAAAGGUUCAGCACAAGCUGCUGUUAUUGCCGGAGAUCCCUGUGGAUAAGUAAUAAUCACAAAUGUUUGUGCAGAGCUACAGGCUACAGCAUCAUAGAAAAAUUAAGUGUAUGCAGGGCCAUUGAAAAAUAUAAAUAAAUGAGAUGUAAUGUAAUGAGAAUUCCUGAGCUCUUUCAACAUGUCUAACCCUGCUUCCAGCACAGUGUCUUAGAUAUGCAUACUGUAGCAGUGCCAGGUGACUAAAUAGCUACAAAAGGGAUAAUUCAAAGGAAUCCAAGAAACUGCAGUAAUUCAUGCUGUUUCAAGGGCAUCCAUGCUGUCAGUGAAAUAUUUCUCAUGCAUGUUGCCUUCUGUUAUCUUGCGAGUAAGAAGCUUACAUGGCAGGCAAAGAACUGAAGUUUAAAGAGUCCACGUGCCAAACCCCUGCAGCAUUUAUGUGCCUAUAGCUUGAUUUGAUUUGCCUGUACUCUGAUGAGCCACAGCUGGAUUCUGUUUAGAGCAUUUUACAGCACUGGAGGAAAUCCCUGCAUUGCAUCAGCCGCCUGUUUCUGACUGUACAGAACUGAACGUCAUUGAUGCAAUCCCGGUGGAAUCCUUGAUGCUUUAAAAUGCUCAGGUCAAAGUCCAGCUGUGGUUUAUUCCAAUGCGCUAUACAGUAGGUUAACCAACCAACUUCACAGUGUCCUAUAUAGAGGAGCACUCCUAUUGGUGCACACCUCGAAUUCCCCUUGCAAACACACCGAAGCACGCAUACACACACACACACACAUACAUACACAUACGCGUGCUUUAGAUGCUACUAUUUAUUGUAUUUAUUGUUGAGCUCAGAAGCAUAGUAUGUGCAUGUACCAUGUUGAUAUGCACCUACCAGUCGCACAUGAUAACAAACAGACCAAGGAAAAAGAGCCCAUCACUUGUAAAUCACCACAGUUCCUCAUUGUGUAAAAAUGCACAAUUUUAAACUUGCUCCUUUCCUUGAAUCUGCUCUUCAAUUCUGCUAUACUAUACAUGUAGUAAAUUGUAAUGCUUAUCUUAAGAGUGGGGGCGCACUGUAUUGAUAUUGAUAGGGAAGUUGCAAUGUUAACAGUUGCCUUACAGCUGAUCUACAUCUGUACCCAAUAGCUUUGUAGUGGCUGCUACAGUACAUGUUCCGGGUACAUUGUUAAUACAAGUCUAAUACUAUAUAUGAUUUAUUACUAGAUAGAAUGUACAGUUCAAGUUUAAUUGUAAUUGCACUUGUUACAUUUGUAUUGUUACAAUAGGGAGAAAUAAAGUAUAUAUCUUUUCCAUUGUG